UACUGCUGCUGUUCGAAAGACGCAGAUCUGAAGAAUGAAAGCCCCGUGUAUUCUCGCUCUCAUUGGUGUGCUGUGGCGAUGUUGUGGUGCUCAACAGAGAGGUCUUUUCCCAGCAGUGUUGAACCUGGCCUCCAUGGCAGAGAUCACAGCCAAUGCCACAUGUGGAGAAACAGGACCAGAGAUGUACUGCAAACUCGUGGAGCACGUACCAGGACAGCCUGUCAAAAACCCUCAGUGCAGGACCUGUAACCUGAAGAGUGAACAUGAUUAUGAGCGGCAUCCCAUCGAGUACGCCAACGAUGGCACUAACAGAUGGUGGCAGAGUCCAAGCAUUAUGAACGGGAUGGACUACCAUUACGUCACCAUAACCCUGGAUCUACAACAGGUGUUCCAGAUUGCUUAUGUGAUCCUGAAAGCAGCGAACUCCCCUAGGCCAGGCAACUGGAUUCUGGAACGUUCUCUGGAUGGUGAAACAUUUAUGCCGUGGCAGUAUUAUGCCAUAACCGAUACAGAGUGCAUUACACGCUUUAACAUCGUCCCCAGAAGAGGCCCACCGUCCUACACCAGUGACGAUGAGGUCAUCUGUACUUCCUUCUAUUCGAAAAUCCAUCCACUGGAGAACGGUGAGAUUCACACGUCACUGAUAAACGGCCGCCCCAGCGCUGACGAUCCUUCCCCCAUGUUACUGAACUUCACCUCCGCCCGCUACAUCCGCCUGCAGUUCCAAAGAAUUCGCACACUAAACGCUGACCUCAUGACCCUCGCCCUCAAUGACCCCAGAGACGUCGACCCCAUAGUCACCAGACGGUAUUAUUACUCCAUUAAGGAUAUAUCAGUAGGAGGCAUGUGCAUCUGUUACGGUCACGCUAAGGCCUGCCCUCUCAACCCAGACACCAAGAAAUUCAGCUGCGAGUGUGAACACAACACUUGCGGGGAGAGCUGUGACCGAUGUUGCCCCGGUUACAACCAGAAACCCUGGAUGGCUGGAACCUUCCUCACACGGCACGUCUGUGAAAAGUGUAAUUGUCACAGUAAAUCAAAGGAAUGCUAUUUCAACCAGACUGUGGCUGAUGCUAAACUGAGUUUGAACAUUCAUGGAGAAUAUGAGGGUGGUGGAGUCUGCCUCGGUUGCUCCGAUAACACAGGUGGGAUUAACUGUCAAUCAUGUGCGGACAGCUACUACAGACCGAGUGGGGUGAGUCCAGAUGAAGCCCACCCCUGCAGACCCUGUUCAUGUGACCUGAGAGGUUCACUGCACCAUGCAUGUGUUCCUGAUGACAGUCACGCCACCACAGACAUAACUGCAGGCUCCUGCAUUUGUAAGCAUGGAUAUGCAGGUGAGAAGUGUGACAGGUGUGCGUUUGGAUACACAGGAUUUCCUCUGUGUGAGCGAUGCAACUGCAGCAGUGAGGGCAGCAUUAACCAGGACCCCUGCCAGCUGCCCUGUGUGUGUAAGGAAAAUGUCGAGGGAGAGAACUGUGACCGCUGUAAACAGGGAUUUUAUAAUCUCCGUGGAGACCAUCUCCGUGGAUGCGAGAAGUGCUACUGUUCCGGGUUGGCUAGCCUGUGCACAGAAUCCCACUGGGACUACAGCAAUGUGACCGAUAUUUCUGGCUGGUAUCUAACAGGUGCAGAGGGGGAGGGGCUUGUGUGGGCGGUGUCCAGUAGAGACACGCCCCAUCAAAUCACCGCAAGCCAAUCAGACGCUAAGCCUCACCUGACAGCACCUUACUACUGGAGUGCACCAUCUGUUUACCUCCACAAGAAACUCUUGGCAUAUGGAGGCAGUUUGGCCUAUAGCGUCUCUUAUGACACCGAAAGCAAAGAUAGCCCUGUUCAUAUCACCAGCGCUCCUGAUGUCAUUAUAGAGGGUGGUGGACUGCGUUUGAUUGACAGCAGGUCUGGGGUGACGGUGUAUCCUUUCUCAGUAUUUGAGCGGAGGAUAGAUCUGCUCCCGGAAAGCUUUCAGCAUCAUGCCUCAGAACUGCCUGUCAGUAAGAGGGACUUCCACUCUGUCCUCAACAACAUUGAGCGUCUGCUCCUCAGGGCCUCCUACACUCAGGAACACAGCACCAUCUACAGGUUGGGUACAGUGAGCAUGAGUGUUGCGUCUGAGGACUUUCGCAGUGGCGUUCACGCCCGUGCUGUGGAAGUGUGUCAGUGUCCUCAUGGAUAUGACGGCACGUCUUGUGAAAUGUGUGCCAUGGGGUACCGCCGGGUGAAUGGAACAGUGUAUCGUGGCGUGUGUGAGCUCUGCCGAUGCAAUGGACAUGCGGAACGCUGUGAUGACAUCACUGGACAAUGCCUGGACUGUAAGCACCACACUGUAGGACCAAACUGUGACCAGUGUGCUCCUGGUUACUAUGGAGAUGCCACAAAGGGAACAGCCAAUGACUGCCAGCCAUGUGCCUGCCCCCUACUGACCCCAUCAAACAAUUUCAGCCCCACAUGUCACCUGGAUGCCAGGGGUGAUGUAAUCUGUGAUCGGUGCCAGCCGGGGUACACUAGUGCUCGCUGUGACAGGUGUGCUAAUGGCUAUUUUGGUCGUCCCAAUGUUCCUGGUGGAUCCUGUCAGCCGUGUAUGUGUAACGGUAACCUGGACCGAACAGCACUGCUCAGCUGCGACCCAGUGACUGGAGCCUGUCUGCGCUGUCGUGAAGGGUACGGAGGGCCGGACUGUGAAAGGUGUGCAGAUGGAUACUUUGGAGAUGCCCUUGUAGCAAAGAAUUGCCAAUCUUGUCAGUGUCACAUUAAUGGAUCGCUGACUGAGGUUUGUCAUCAGGAGACGGGCCAGUGCCAGUGUCGACAACAUGUUGUUGGACGUCAGUGUGACGAGUGUUUGGCGGGCACACACAUGCAGGGCAGUCAAGGGUGUGUCCCAUGCCACUGUAAUUCCUUUGGAUCAAAGUCAUUUGAUUGUGAUGAAAGCGGUCAGUGUCGCUGUCAACCCGGUGUAACAGGACAGAAGUGUGACCGCUGCGCUUCGGGACACUUCGGCUUCCAGGAGGGCGGCUGUACACCAUGCCAGUGUGUUCAUAUAGGCAAUAACUGUGAUGCUAACACAGGUCAGUGUAUCUGUCCGCCCAACACCGUUGGAGAAAGAUGUGACAAAUGUGCACCCAACCACUGGGGUCAUGACAUCAGCACCGGCUGCAAGGCAUGUGGCUGUAAUGUGUUUGGGUCUGUGACGCAGCAGUGUAACAUAAACACGGGCUGCUGUAUGUGUCGUGAGCAGUUCAUGGGUGAGAAAUGCGACGAGUGUAAACUGGGUUACAGGGACUUCCCACAAUGCAUUACCUGCCAGUGCUCCUCAGCAGGCUCGUCUGCGGAGACCUGCGAUGCAGAUUCUGGUGUCUGCGCAUGUGCAGACAGAAGCGGGCAGUGCUCGUGUAAGGCUAACGUGGAGGGAGUGAGGUGUAACCACUGUAAGUCGGGCUCGUUCGGCCUCAGUCACAGGAAUCCACUGGGCUGCAGUCAGUGCUACUGCUUUGGGUUAAGCAGCUCGUGUACAGAGGCCACGGGACUCAUUCGUAUGUGGUUGACUCUGACGCCGGAGCAGACAGUUCUUCCUCUAGUGGACAAAAGCAAUGCACAGGAGAGCACAGCAGGCGUGAGCUUUCAGCAUCCAGACAUCAUCGCUAACGCUGAUGUGGUCCGUCAGCAUCUGAGUGAGCCGUACUACUGGAGACUGCCCAAACAGUUCAGAGGAUCUAUGAUAACGGCUUAUGGUGGCAAGUUGAAGUAUGCGAUUUAUUACGAGGCCCGUGAUGAGACGGGUCGCACCUCCUAUGAGCCCCAAGUCAUCAUCAAGGGCGGCCCGAAAAGAGACAAAGUCAUGAUCCGUCACAUGCCAGCACUUCAGAUUGGCCAGCUGACUCGUCAUGAGAUUGACAUGACAGAGCACGAGUGGAAACACAAGGACGACAGGUCAAUGUCUCGUGAGGAUUUCAUGGAUGUGCUGUUUUAUGUUGAAUAUAUCCUGAUAAAGGCAUCACAUGGCAACGUCAUGAGACACAGCAGAAUUUCUGAGAUCUCUGUGGAGGUGGCAGAAGUGGGCACCCCUUCACAGGACAGUGAAAUAGCCCAUCAGAUAGAGAAAUGUGACUGUCCUCUGGGAUACGCUGGUCUCUCCUGUGAGGAAUGUGCGGCCGGGUUCUACAGACUGUCGGUGCACACUGGUGGCGCCUCGUUCAGAGUGGGCAUUGGCAGCUGUGUUCAGUGCCAGUGUAAUGGGAACAGUGACUUGUGCAACCCUGAAACAUCCGUCUGCCAGAAUUGCCAGCAUAACACAGUAGGCGAUAAGUGUGAGAGAUGUGCUCCAGGGUUUUACGGGGUGGUGCGCGGCUUCCCGGACGACUGCAAACCCUGUGCGUGCCCACUCCUCAACCCAGAGAACAAUUUCAGUCCCAGCUGUCAGACGGAGGGUUCUAAUGAGUACCGCUGCACUGCCUGUCCUGAAGGCUAUGAGGGAAAACACUGUGAAAGGUGCGCUCCAGGUUUCCAUGGUAACCCGAAUGUGGUGGGAGGCCAGUGCGAGGAGUGUAAGUGCGACACUAAUGGUGCAUUUCCCACACCAUGUGAUACACGUUCUGGGCAGUGCCAGUGUCGUCCCGGUGCCAGGGGACUCAAGUGUGACCAGUGCAUGGAGAGGCAUGUGUGUGGCCCUGAGGGCAUCGUGUCAUGUGAUGAUGUCUGCGCAGGCCUCUUGAUCCGUGACAUGGAUCGUCUGCUGCAUUUGAUUGGCAGUGUCAAUCUAACUCUGCCCCUCCCCCUGCCAUAUAAAGUGCUCUAUCGAUUCGAGAACAUGACAGAAGAACUCAAGCACAUGCUUUCUCCACAGAGGGCGCCAGAGAGGCUGCUACAGUUAGCCGACAGUAACCUGGGCAGCCUGGUCACCGAGAUGGACGAACUUCUCAGCAGGGCCACUAAAGUAUCUGCUGAUGGGGAGCAGACAGCAGCAGAUGCAGAGAGAAGUCACAAAGGAGCAGAGGACCUGGAGCGCUAUGUGAGGAACACACUCCUGGCUGCUGAAGCUAUACGUGACAAAGCUCGUGAGCUGAAUGCGACUCUGGGUUUGAGGAAUGGAGCUCCAGAGAAGAGUGUAAAUGAGAUAAACAAUGAAAUCCAAGCCAUGCUCGCAGAACUACGCAAACGCCAGCUCUCCGGAAAGAAACACGUAGCCGAGGAUGAACUUGGGGCCUCCGAGGCUCUUUUAGCUAAAGUAAAGCGUUUGUUUGGAGAUCCACACCAGGCCACAGAGGAUCUGAAGGAGGAGGUUAGUGAUAAGAUGGGCGAUUACAGGCAGAAACUCAGUGAAGCUCAGGAUCUGCUGCUGGAUGCUCAUAACAAAACCAGAGAGGCAGGAGCGCUAGCUGUUAGCAACCAACAAAACCUUAACAGCCUGCAGGGAAAGAGGGAUGCAGCCGGUAAAGAGAAAAAGAAAGCUGAAGUAAUUCUGACAGAGGGAGAGAAGAUGCUGGAUGAAGCCAACGCUCUCUCAGAUGACAUCAACCAGGGCAAAGAGGAGCUGGAAGAGAUGGUGAGAGAGUUGGACCCCUUACAUGAUAAACUGGAUUUUAAGGUGACGCGGUUGGGUCGUGGUCUGGAAGAUUCAGUCCCGGAGCUGCUGCUGAGAGCAGAGAACCACGCAGCACAGCUCAACGAGUCUGCCGGUAUUCUCGACAGCAUUCUUGCUGACGCAAAGAACCUGUCCUUCAAUGCCACAGCCGCCUUCAAUGCAUACACCAACAUCAAGAACUACAUCGACGAAGCAGAUAAACUGGCCAAAGAUGCUAAAAAAACCAGCAUGGAGGCUUUACAGCUGGCUUCAGGACCCAAAGGAUCUCUAAAAGAUCAGGCCAAGGGUUCCGUCCAGAAGAGCUACCAUCUCUGGAAUGAGGCCAAAGAACUACAGAACGACGUGAAAGAAAAUGGAGAGAAUCUGGGUGCUCUUCAGUUCAGACUGAAAGCGGCCGACAAAAAGAACAAAGACCUGCAGAAAGACCUGAAUGAUACAAUGGACAAACUCAACGCCAUCCCUAACGAUCUGGCAGAUAAGAUACAAGCCACAAAAGUGAAGGCAGAAGAGGCCAAUGACACGGCUCUAGACGUUCUGAAUUGUCUGAAGGACAUGAACUUAAACCUGAUGGGCUUGAAGAAGAACUACAGCAAACUGGAGGAUAAUGUCAACAAAGCCAACAACCUUAUCAAAGACCCAGAGAAAAACAUUCAUGCAGCUGGUGCUAAAGUGAAGGAUCUAGAAAAUGAAGCUGAUAGGUUGCUGGAGAAACUAAAGCCAAUUCAGGAACUUCAGGACAACAUAAAGAAAAACAUCUCACAGAUUAAAGAACUCAUCAAUCAGGCCCGCAAACAGGCUAAUUCUAUCAAAGUGUCUGUGUCGUCCGGUGGAGACUGUAUUCGUACAUACCGCCCAGAGAUAAAGAAAGGCCGAUACAACACCAUUAUCCUGAAUGUGAAGACUGUUGCUGCUGAUAACCUGCUCUUCUACCUCGGCUCGGCCAAAUAUGUGGAUUUCUUGGCAAUUGAGAUGAGGAAGGGGAAGGUGAACUUCCUGUGGGAUGUGGGUUCUGGGGUGGGCCGUGUAGAAUAUCCUGAUCUCAUCAUCAAUGAUGGAAACUGGCAUCGAAUUGAAGCGUCACGUAUUGGGCUGAACGGCAGUAUCUCAGUGCACGCGUUGGAGGGGCCGAAGACGGGCAUCAUACCCACCCUGAGCAGUGCCAAAUCACCCGAGAGCUUCACUGUACUGGAUGUGGACCAAAACGCUUACCUGUUUGUGGGUGGCAUGCUGGGAUCUGUGAAGAAGGCAGACGCUGUGAAAACCACCACAUUCUCUGGCUGUAUGGGUGAGACGUCUCUGGAUGGAAAACCCAUUGGUCUGUGGAACUACAGAGAGAGAGACGGUGAUUGUGCUGGUUGUAUGGUCAGUCCUCAGCCCGCUGACACUGAAGGCACGGUGCAGUUUGAUGGAGAGGGUUAUGCAGCCGUCAGCCGUCCCACAAGAUGGAAUCCCAAUGUUUCCACGGUGAUGUUCAAGUUCCGCACCUUCUCCACAGAUGCUGUGAUGAUGUACUUUGCCACUAAGGACAUGAAAGACUUCAUAAGUGCAGAGCUGAGUGAUGGCAGGGUAAAGGUGAGUUAUGAUCUGGGAUCAGGCACCAGCUCCAUCACCAGUAACAAACGGCACAACGAUGGAAAAUGGAAAUCGUUCACUAUUUCCCGCAUGAAGAAAGAAGCAACCAUCACCAUAGUGAACAUUGAUACGAAUGAAGAUGAGCAGUUGGAGAUGGCGUCUCCAGGUGGCGCUACAGGGCUCAACCUGAGGGAAGAUGAGAGGAUGUAUUUUGGAGGUUUACCCAAAGCUGGAAACUACAGGUCAGAGGUGCAGUUGAAGAGUUUCUCUGGCUGUAUGAAAGACAUAGAAGUUUCCAGAACUCCGUAUAAUUUGCUGAGCAGCCCAGACUACACCGGACUGAUCAAGGGCUGCUCUAUUGAGAAUCUACACACGGUGAGCUUCCCCAGACCCGGCUACAUGGAGCUGAAGCCCAUGUCGUUUGAUGUGGGGUCAGAGAUCACGCUCUCCUUCAGCACUAAGAGUGAAAACGGCAUCAUGCUGUUCGGCAGAGGAGGUGUGACCUCGAGGACACAGGGCCUGAAGCCUGUCCACAUGUCACGCAGGCAACGCAGACAGACUGGAGAGCCCUUCCUGUCUGUACAGCUGAAUAAAGGAGCUCUGGAGGUGCUGGUGUUCACAGGCAGCAGGAACCCACGGAGAGCUCUCAGAAAACCAGACAAGGGAAUCCUGCAUGAUGGACGAGAACACUCACUGCGCAUCCAGAGACUCCAUGGAUCAUCUUUCACUGUGCAGGUGGAUGAAGAACCGCUGAUGCAGCAGGCAUUACCCAGCGAUCUUCCCAUGAGCAUCCACCGUCUCUUCAUCGGUGGAAUUCCAGUUGACAUAGAAACAGGUCUGCAGCGGCCCAACGUGCCGUUUGAAGGCUGCAUCUGGAACCUUCUGGUCAACACUGUCCCCGUGGAUUUCUCCCAACCCGUUGCCUUUGAGAACGCAGAGAUUGGUCAGUGCCCUGACUUGGCUCCGCCCCCUCCCCCACCUGAGAUUCCUGAAGAAGAAAAGGAGGAAGAGGAAGAGGCUUCACCCAAACCAGCGCUCACACCAGAACCAGCUAAGCCACCACCAUCCUCCACUGCCACGCCUCUUGCAGAGGUCAUCCCCAUCCCUGACUCGCCCUCAAAAGUCAAAGAACCAAUGGUUUCCUGUGCAGCAGAGGCAGAACCUGUAGUCCUGGAAUUGGCUAAACAGUUUGGUCUGAACAAAAACAGUCACAUGGCCUUUGAGUUUGAUGACACAAAGGUUAAAAACAGGUUGAUCAUCGAGUUUGAGAUGCGGACAGAAGCAGACUCUGGUCUGGUGUUUUACAUGGCCAGAAUAAACCACGCUGACUUCGCCACCAUCCAGGUGAAGGAAGGAAUGGCUCACCUGAGCUACGAUCUGGGCAGCGGGAACACCUCCGUCAGCGUGCCACGCAUCAUCAACGAUGGACAGUGGCACAAGAUCCGUGUGUUGAGAGAGAAGCAGAGAGGAAUUCUUACCAUCGAUGGCCGAUACUCCAAACAUGCUGUCAGCCCAAAGAAAGCAGAUAUCCUGGACGUUGUGGGAAUGUUGUAUGUGGGGGGUUUACCUCUCAAUUACACCACCAAACGCAUUGGGCCUGUGCUUUACAGUAUCAACGCUUGCAUCAGAAACUUCAAGAUGCUGAAUCUGCCAUUAGACAUGGAAAACCCCACAUCCAGCUACCUCGUGGGCUCCUGUUUUGCUAACCCAGAAAAGGGAACUUAUUUUGAUGGCACUGGCUAUGCAAAAGCCGUGGCUGCAUAUCGAGUCGGUAAUGACGUAUCUGUGGAUCUGGAGUUCCGGACCGCACAGAACAGUGGUGUUCUGUUUGGUAUCAGUAGCCAGAAAAUGGACGGACUGGGUAUUGAACUCGUCAAUGGAAAGCUUUUAUUCCAUGUUGAUAAUGGAGUGGGCCGCUUCACAGCCGUAUACGAGCCGGAUCAGGAGGCGGGGCUUUGUGAUGGACAGUGGCAUACUGUCUCCGCCCACAAGCUGAAGCAUCGCCUAGAGCUCAUUGUGGAUGGCAAGAAGUCUGAGGCAGCAAGUCCAGACAUCCGCUCUGCUUCUGCCGACACAAAUGACCCUGUGUAUGUAGGAGGAUACCCUGAGGGUCUGAAGCAGUUUGGACUGACUACAAACACAGCGUUUAAAGGCUGCAUGAGAAAUAUGAAGAUCACUAAAGCUGGGAAGGUUCUGGAUGUUCAAAUGAACAAAGCCCUGGAGCUCAGAGGAGUUCAACCUCUUACCUGUCCCGCUAACUAAACACACAAACACACACACUCAGUCACAUCUCUACCAAAUACAAAAACACCUGAUUCAUUUCCCUGGUACGCAAAGUGAAUCAGUAAAUGAAUCAAAGAUAUUAUUAUUACGAAUUUUUUAAAAAAAGAAAUCUACAUGGCAAAGAACAGAAGCAUUCAGUGAACUAACUGAUUCUCUAGCUGUACCACUUACAGCCAGAUCACUAAUAGAAUAUGAGAAAUAGAAACAAACAUCUAAACAAACCAAAGACUGUAUGAUACAGCUUAAUGAAAACCAAAUCUAACAAUCCUAUUAAUAUAGAACCAACAAGGCUUUUACAGUCUGACACCACAGGAGAACCAUGUGAAGUUCCACAAAAACAUCAUAUUCUCCAGUUCUUUGGAAAAUCGCCAAUGUAGUGCUUUAAAGAACCUAGAAACCAGUAAACUGAUCCAAAAAAUAAAUAUCAACUCAAGAACCCUCUACAGCCAAACAAGGUUCCUAUGAGUAAGAAGAAGGUUCUUUGCCGAACCAUAGAACAACCUUUAUUUUAAAGUGUGAAAGGCCUUGAGGAAUCAGAAACAAAUAUAAAACACACAUUCAUAGUCACUAACUCAAUGAACUAACGCUACGUUCACAACGCAAGCCACCGAAUGCUCAAAUCUGUGAGGUUGUUCGUAUGAAAUUUUAAAUGUGGCUCUGAUCUUAAAGAGCUCCUAAACUGACCAACAUGUGUAAAAAACCUACCCUGGCAUGUACAGCAUAACAUUAUGUCAUUUAAUGUGAUUUCAUAUCUUAUUAUAUCAAAUUGGAAGAAUUUUGAACUUCUGGUCUUAAAUCUGUGCAUUAACAUUUUAACGUGCAAGUGUCAAUAACAACUGAGACCUAGUGUAUAUCAAUAUAUAUUUAAAAUAUAUUUUUGCACUUUUCUGUGUAAUAUUUCAUAUAGUGCAAUUCAUAAAUUGAUUCAAGGGUAAAAUCAAGUGCAUAAUCAUGACAAAUGUUGAGCUAGAUUGGAAUAAAAAUCACAUAAAUUCCACCCUGAAGCCACAACAACAACAUUAAAAUCAGAUCAGAUAUGAAUAUAAUAAGACAUAUUAAUGUGCCCCAGAUCGGAUUUGAAAAAGUCAUAUUCAACUGUGGUGUGAACGCAGCAGAAAGGUGUUAAAGAUGAAGUUACACUUGAUUAACUACACGCCCUGAUGCCACAAGAUAGAAGUAAACUACACAUUCUCUGACUGUGUUCCCUUUGAAAUCCCAGUGUGUAAUUUUGGCAUGGAGUGAUUACAUGUAGUGUGCAAUGAACAGUAUUUCAAAAUAAAGAAAUAUCCUCUCUGA